GACAGCCGGAAGUCUGCGUGAGGCUGCCUCGCGCUGGGGCUUCGGCGUUGACAGUUUUUUUCUCCCCUCUUCUUCUUUUUUUUUUAAUCCUCGAUUUUUUUUUUUAUUUUCACAGCGACGAAGAACGAGAGAGCGAGGGAGACAUAGAUAAUGUUUUCAAGGCACACCUCUUUCAGACUAAAUACUCGUUUGUAGCUAGCUAAAGAGCUGUCUAGCUAUGAUGAAAAUCCUUCUUUCUUUGGCAAUGUUCACUUGUAAACAAAUUUUAAAAAUACUUAUUUUAAUUCUGUCUUCCUGCGUGGAACAUAUAUUUGACAGUUGUUCGGCGCUUCCGAUUCACAAAAACUUCGAACAUGCAAUUCCCCCCUAUUUUAUGUGGAAAAUAUAUAUUACCGAGCUAAUUUCGAGCUAACUAUUAUUCGGUACACUUUAUUAAUUACCAAGCAUCUAAUCGCAGUCAAUUGUCUGCAUUACAGUUAGCAAAAUAUUAGCGCAUGCUAAUUUUCUAUCGUGCAGAUCUCCAGAAAGUGGAAACUGCAUCGAUACAUUUAAUAAUAAUAAUAUUUUAUUGAGGCAAACAAUUCAUACAUCAGCUAGCAGUGCUUUAUAAUUAAUAGAGAACAAUUCAGCGUAAGUUGUGUCCCGUACGGCGCCAACCCCAGCGGAAAGAAGAAUGAUGGAAGAUUCCCAUUUUAACUCCUCGUACUUCUGGUCUCCAGUUCCAACAGUGCAAGGACAGAUCGAAAACGCCAUGUUUCUGAACAAGAUGAAAGAGCAGCUGGGCCCUGACAAGAACCCCUCUUUCCCUCACCCCUCCCACUACCCCACCACUGUGCUCACUGUGCCAGGCUCAGUCACUAUGGACACAGCAGGGCGGACACCUAAGCAGGAGGGAGGAGGUGGCACCUCACUGGCAGUCAGUGGCCACCUCCACCCUCCGCAUACCACCCAGAACAUCACCGUGUUGCCAAUGCCCUCUUCCGGUAUCAUGGCGGCAGCUGGGCUGGUAAUCACCACUCCCCAAGGUACGCUGGUCUCCCCUCCAUCCUCAUCGCAGUCCUUUGUCUCCGGACAUCCUACGACAACCAUGAUAGUGUCAACGCUACAUGCCCCGAGUACAGAUAAAAAAGACGACAUCGGCAUUUCCCCAGCUGUCGUCAUGCCGACACCCUCUAAACGGGGCCGGAAGAAGAAGACGGAGCUGUCUCGUGCUGGCCCCACCCCAGGCGGCCACCCCCUCUCCGCAGGAAGUGACGCGCUCAUCUUGGCACACCUGGCAGCAGGGGGGCAGCACCACACCGCUGACCCAUAUGACCUUUCGAAUGAUGAGGACGACCAUGGCGGCAAAGACAGCAGCAAGUCUUACAGGUGCCGGAUGUGUGCAGUGACCUUCUUCAGUAAGUCAGACAUGCAGAUCCACGCCAAGUCGCACACAGAGGCCAAACCGCACAAAUGCCCGCAUUGCUCCAAGUCCUUCGCCAACUCCAGCUACCUGGCGCAGCACAUCCGCAUCCACAGCGGGGCCAAGCCCUACACCUGCUCCUUCUGCCAGAAAUCGUUCAGGCAGCUCAGUCACUUACAGCAGCACACACGAAACCAUACAGAGGCCAAACCACACAAAUGCCCGCAUUGCUCCAAGUCCUUCGCCAACUCCAGCUACCUGGCGCAGCACAUCCGCAUCCACACCGGGGUGAAGCCCUACACCUGCUCCUUCUGCCAGAAAUCAUUCAGGCAGCUCAGUCACCUGCAGCAACACAACAGGAUCCACACUGGAGACAGGCCUUAUAAAUGCGUGCACCCGGGAUGCGACAAAGCCUUCACACAGCUGUCCAACCUGCAGUCCCACCGGCGGCAGCACAACAAGGACAAGCCGUUUAAAUGUCACAACUGCAACCGGGGCUACACGGACUCAGCCAGCCUGGAGGUGCACCUGUCCACCCACACAGUCAAGCACGCCAAGCUGUUCUCCUGUGGCCUGUGCAACCGCACGUACACUUCGGAGACGUACCUAAUGAAACACAUGAGGAAGCACAACCCUGACCCCCUGAGCGCGGCUGCUGUUGUCUCUGCUCAGCAGUCGCAGCAGCAGCCCCAAGGCGGUGGGGGUGGGGGGCAGAGCCGGGGGGAACGAGGAGAGAGUGGAGCAGUAGUAGUGGGAUCCAACACUGGGGCUGGGGGUGGCCAGGCUCAGAACCAAGGCAACCACCACGCCCCCAGCAGUUACCCACAGGCGGAUGCCGUGCCCUGCCCCUUUGACCUCCACCAGUACAAGACAGUGUCAGCUGGGGACAUCCAGUACAAGCCAGUGAGCGUGGCUGAACUGACGGCCCACAAGGACCUCUGCCUGACUGUCUCAACCUCAACCAUCCAGGUGGAACACCUCAACUCAUAGAGCUAGUGGUGGGGAAUGGCGUGGAGGAAUGCGCAAACUGUACAGAGAGUGCCACUGUGAGCGUGGUGUUUAUAGGAAUAAAGACUGACGAAGAGGAUAAGACGGGUGCGUCUUGGGGGUUUGGACAUACCACCCCCCCACACACACACACACACCUUGCAGUGAAAGGAGAAUCAUGAGAAGAAUGACAGUGAUGGAGGAGUAUAGAUGUGGAAGGAUGAGCACCAUCAAGCAAAAGGCUGUGAGAGAGAGGGACCUACAUUUUUGUUCUUUUUUUUUAAAUCAGUUUUUCAUUUUUUUUUUAAUUGUUCUUAGUUUAAUUUUAAUGUUUUUCCUUGUUAUAUCGGGAUAGUUUGGAAGUGGAAGGAAGUGAGUGAGCCAAGUGAGCGACUGAGAAGAGAAUGAAUGAUGAACAAGGAAUAAAUGAAGAUGAGAGAUUUGUAAAGUUAAUUUUUUUUUUUUGGAUAUUUUAUAUCUUUCCACUCUUCCCUGGGAAACCUACAUCGGCAAAGGUGGCUAUAAAAACUAUGGAAUAUCAAUAGUAUUCAUAACAACAGUUGCCAAGCACUCUGUGAAAGUCUGUUUUUAUACUUUCAUACAGAUAGCUGUAGCUUAUUGUUUCUAUAAUUAUUCUUGAUAAAAAUAGUCUGAACUGUUACUGUAAAAUGUAAGAUAAGCUGGCAAAAAAAUGAUAAGGGAAGGUUAUGCUUCUAGGAAAUAAAAAAUAUAUUAGAAAGAAGUUAUAUAUAUAUAUAUAUAUAUAUGUAUAUGUAUAUAUAUAUAUAUAUGUAUAUAUAUAAUAAAUCAGGGUUUCCCUUGUGGGAGGGGUAAUUGGUUGAGUUAUUUUAAACCAGUAACAAAAUGUAAACUGCACAUUCCGCCAACAGGACCCUUCAGUUUCACCUUGUUUCUUUAAAUGUUGCACUGUUUACUAUCCCAGACUUGCCCAUAUGGUGCAGAUCGCCAUGCUGACGGAGCACUGUGGGGAAACCCUGUAUAUUAGUGUGUUAAAAAGAUUCACACGUAAAAAAAAAUCCUAAUACAUGUAUCCUGCCAUCAACCAGUUACAGAGUCUACAUUUAGCCCAUGGUUAUGUUUGAGAAUGGUUUCGAUUGGCUGGUGCUUGUUAUGUGUAAUCCUUGUAGUAUUUCAUUAUGCGUCAAAAAUAACAUGGUUUUCAAAAUUAUUAUUCUUACUAUUAUUAUUGCUCACUAUGUCUGCUGAAAUGAACUACAGCUAUAAUGAUGUCGAUGCUCCAUACUGUGUAGCCGAUGCAUCUGAAUUGACUGUUUCCCCUUACAAACCAAUAAAAGACAGAUGGAUACCGA